UUACAUUGGGCUGCAUGAUGAAGAAGCCUGAUACAUAAUGUAGAACCUAAUAGAAAUGUGCAGGCUGUAAAGACGGUGCUUUGAUAAAGGGGCACGUCUUUAUCCGACCAAUCAUUUCCUGGGGAGGAUGCAUAUUAAAAAUAGUCGUGACAAGUAGUAAAUUAACAGGCACUCAAUAAAAGGGAUGGAGUUCGGAUAAGGUUGCGUUCGUUUGUAAUGCUGCAUCUGGUGUAUGUGCUUAGUUAUAGACUAUUGCUUUCUUUUAUUAUUAUUCCAGCAUUUCUUUUUUUUUGCGCAGGUGAUACAGCGGAUAAAUCUGGGAUACUAAACAGUCGCCAUGAAGCAUUUUCUAAGGGUGCUGACCCAAUUUCUGGUGUUUCUGUACUGCAAAUGUUUAUGGCGAGGUUUGAAGUUUAUCGCCAGGAAGGUGACCGGUAGAUGUGAACUGCAAAGGAUCUGCUACAACAACAAGCCUGGUGCUCGCCGGACCCUCAAGAUCGAAUCCUCACUCAAAUGUUCUAAAAAUCAGCUUCUGCAGAAUGCUCUCAGUGUACACCCAGAUGCUGUUGAGAAGACCAUAGAUGACAUCAUGACCCUGAAAAAGAUCAACCCAGACACAAAUCCACAAUUGGCCAUCUCUCUGCAGGCGAGCCUGUUCCAGAUCGUGGGCUACAGGAACCUGGUGCUGGAGGUAGAGAAGCUGCGCAGGGAGCCAUAUGACUGUGAAAAUCCAGAGCAUGAAGAGAUGCUAAUGAAGCUGUGGAAGACACUUCGUCCUGAUUCGGCCCUCACUGGGCGCAUCUCUAAGCAGUGGUGUGAAAUUGGCUUUCAAGGAAGUGACCCCAAAACUGAUUUUAGGGGCAUGGGGUUAUUGGGUUUGCACAACCUACUGUAUUUUGCAGAGCACGACAAAGCCGCUGCUCUCCAAGUGCUGCACGACUCUCUCCAGCCCAAACACAGGAACAUUUCCAAAGAGGAAGCCAGUAAUAUGAGCAAAGCUGAGUGGGAGAAGCAGAAAUUCGACAAAGCUAUCGGGUAUUCCUUCGCCAUAGUUGGCAUCAACAUCACAGACCUGGCCUACUCCAUGCUGGUGAACGGAGCUCUAAAGACUCAUCUGUACAAUGUGGCACCUGAGAUGCCAAGCCUGAUGCACUUUCAGCAGACCUUUUGCUAUCUGAUGCAGGAGUUCCAUCAGUUCUGGAUCGAGGAGGAUCCAAGCGACAUCAUGGAGUUCAACCGAGUGCGCAGCAAGUUCCACAAGCGUGUGCUGAAACAGCUGAAAAAUCCUGACAUGGCACUGUGCCCUCAUUUCACUGCCUCCGACCUUCACCUUGUCAACCUGUAGCUCCUCCUCCCAUCCCUCACCUCUGACCUUUUACCAUUCUCCACUAUGUCCGAGCUUUCUGUCAUCACUGCCGACACACACACACACACACACACACACACACACACACACACACACACACACACACACACAGAAGUCAGUAUUCAUGGCUGCACUGCUCUCUUCGUCAGACAUGUAGUAAGCUCACAUCACCAGCAUCACUGAAGACCACAGCGAUUGUACACCUGCACAACAUUACCUUUGCCGAGCUUAACACACCUUUUUUUCGACUUCCCAGUGCAAUUGAGAUGUGCGUAACACUGCGACAUCGCAAAAGAGUAUUUCAAAUCUGAUUGGAUAAUGUGAGCCAAUGCUGCAUAUAACGCAGCAAGUCAAUGAGGGCUUGUUAAAACAGUAUUGGAAUGCAGCCGGUUUCAGAAAAUUUCCUUUGCAUUUGAUGCAGCAUUAACACUGUAAUAUUAAUUGUUUGGUUUUAAAGCAAAAAUCCACCCUGGAUGAUUUGCAUUUCAUUUAUUUUACGAUUAAUUUGAUCUUUCAUUGCAUCCAGGGUUUAUUUUACACUGAAAUUACAAAAGAAUUUUAUUUUAGGUUAAGCAUCUUCCAUUUACAUUUUUGAAAUUUCUCUUUGGUAAGUAACAUUACCCACAAUGCCAUUCAACUCGGUGCUCCAGGGGCUGUAGUGGGCUUUGAUGGGAUUUGGCCCUUGCUUCAUCUGUUUUUAAAGAGUAUAAUGCAGUCCUUUAGUCUGUUUACAUUUACUCAGAACAGUAAUUCACAGUCAUUAUUGGCGGCAGUAGUUAGUGAGUACUGGCCGUUUAAGUUCAAACUAGUCUAUGAACUCAUUGAUUCCACCAUCAACGACAUUGUGCUUAUUAUCUAAUAGCUUACAAACUAGAGGAGAUCAUUGCAACUACACCAUGUAGCCUUAUUUCAUCCUGGAAAUUUGUAAUGUAUUUGCUAAUUCUGUGUUGAUUUUAUCAUUAAUGUCAUCACUUUAUAAUUCUCUAACUUUUUUAACGAAAAUAAAGCAGCAUACUACAAAUUAGGAGGAUGCUGCAGGAUGGACUUUCCCUCACUUUCUUCUUCUUUAUCCGAUAUUCAGUGUCAUUUGUGAGCUACAGGCUCCCUAUUGACCAGUAGGUAGAGCCUUUUACAGUCCAGUGUGACAGGACAAACAAACGAGCUAUGGUGAUAAAGAGAUAAAAACAUGCUAAGGGAAUUAACAGACACAGUAGUGCUCAUACAGACAUUUACAGUGUAUAUAGUGUGUGUGUGUCGCACAUAUAUAUAUAUAUAUAUAUAUAUAUAUAUAUAUAUAUAUAUAUAUAUAUAUAUAUAUAUAUAUAUAUAUAAAGCUAUUUGUGGUUUUUCACAUUUUUACAACAAACUUUACCCGGAGAACAUUUGCUGCCAAGUUAAAACCGUUGCCAAAAUUUGUAAUAGUGAGCAUUUUGUGAACAUCAUUGUACACUUCAUGCUGCUUUGGUGUUAAUGUAAAGUUGUGGAAUGUUCUGGGGUUUUUUAUUUUUUAUUUUUCUAGACACCAAAGCAAUAAGUGACAUUUGUAGAGUCUGUAUUUAUUUGCCCAGGCAUAGUAUUUACUCUAGUACUACAUAAGCCAAUAACUACGUAGAGUAUUCUUUGCUUUCUAUGCUUCUUUUUUUUAUACAGUCAUGUUUCUUUUCCUGUCUAAACCCCUUAAACUAGACACACAGGUUUUGCACGGUUACUUUGAUUUGCCUGUGAGAUUUAAGUUUAUCUUUUUAUUCCUUUCAUUUAUUUAUUAAUUCAUAAAUUUUUUCACGCUGUUCCGACAAGUUGCUUACAGUGCUAAUGUCUACGCUUUUAGAAGUGUAGAAGUAAUGCAUUCUGUGGUGUUUCAAAGCUACAAUCAACUACACAAGUCCUGAUAAGUAUUCCUUAUAUAAGGAAUUAGGCUUACAUACUGCUUAUAAUGAAUUCGAUUUUAUCCUCAUAAUGAAGGGUCAUCUGUGUGCAUGGCUGAGUAUUUAUCGCUUUGUCUUUCUCUCUUAUUGAAUUAUUGGAUCAGAGGAAGUGCUUUAGUGGCCAAAAGAUUAUGUCAUGAAAUUAACUUGUGCAAUGUGAACGGUGCUUUUAAAAUUCAUUAUCAAAGCUAUAUAUGUGUAAUAAAAAUGAUAUGGAAGGA